GUCUAGUCAGUACGAUUGCAGUACGAGAUAUCUCAUGCAUAGUUAGGAUAAGGAACUUCCUGGGUUUCAUGCGAUAAGGCCUGCCAACAGACCAUAUGACCUCGUUCGCUAAAGCAUAACGUACCAGGUGAGAGAGUAUUAAAGGAAGAUUCAGAGUCUUGAGAAUAAUCGUUUUGCCUACAUGAGUGAGAUCCAGCGAAGAGUCGCCAUCAUUGGCGCUGGUCUUAGCGGCUUGUCCCAGGCAAUUGCUAUCAAAACCAAACUCGGAUUCGACAAUUUCACAAUAUAUGAGACAGGGUCUGAAGUCGGUGGAGUGUGGAGGGCCAACACAUAUCCUGGAUGCUCAUCAGAUCUCGAGAUUCAUUGGUACAGCUUAUCAUCAGACCUAUAUCCAUACUGGAACAAGUCGCAUAGCCUUCAACCGGAGAUUCAAGCUUACUGGAUUAAGCUCUCAAAGAAAUAUAAUCUAUACGGACAUAUCGCAUUCAAUACGAAAGUGUUAUCUGCCGAGUGGGACGAUGCCAAACAACAUUAUACCCUCAUCGCGGAAGAUGUCUUUUCAGGCAAGAGGACGACGAGUGUGGCCCACGUUGUAAUAUCUGCCCUUGGUAUUUUGGAGGUCCCAAAGAUUCCGUACGAGAUUCCUGGAGUUCGGAAGUUUCAAGGGGCUUCGUUUCACUCCGCCCAAUGGCCAGACUCAAUAAAUCUGCAGAAUAAGCGUGUUGCGGUGAUUGGAAAUGCGUCUUCUGGAGCACAAUUUGUACCAUCUGUAUCUGAAGACCCGUCUGUUCAAGUGGUAAACUUCAUUCGCACCCCAACCUGGUUCCUAACUCGACCACAUAUUCCGUACUCGGACACUGAGAAAUGGAUAUUCGCUAAUAUUCCUCUGGCGAUGCAACUACACCGAGCUUGGAUCAUGUUCCGGCACGUUGCUCCCGUUCACUUACCUAUGAGUGAUAAAGCUCUCCAGAAACAACGUGACGUGAUGACGAAAUACAUCCUCGAUAACACACCGGGUAGAUACCAUGCUCGUUUGAUACCUGAUCAUCCUCCAGGUUGCAAGCGAAUCGGUUCGUCGGUGGUAGUCAAACUAUCGCUAUACUCUUGCUCAUUUCAUGCAGUCACCGACAGUGGUUUCCUGGAGAGCCUCCAUCGCCCUAACGUGACGCUGAACUUCGACGGAAUCGCCGAAAUAGUGGAGAAUGGCAUCAUCACAAAGACUGGUGAAAUGUUGCCAUUUGAUGUCAUCGUAUACGCGACAGGAUUCAUCGGCGAGCGGUACCCGAUGCACGUUCGAGGCUUGAAUGGAGCCACUGUCCAAGGCUAUUAUGAUGCGCAUGGUGGCCCUACCGCAUACAUCGGGACUACAAUUCCAGACACACCAAACUUCUACUUGAUAAACGGACCAAAUACUGGAACACGAGUAUCGGCGUUGUUCAUUGCAGAAGUACAAGUUGCAUACAUCCUUCAACUCAUAGAGCCGGUCCUUACCGGUUCUGCCUCAUCUUUCACGAUCAAAGCUACACCCACGGAUAUGUACAAUGCCAAGGUCCAGGAACGGCUCUCCCGCUCGGUGCACGUACACUGCUACUCUUGGGCACGUACGAACGGUACAGACAAGGUAUUUUAUCCGUUUCCUUGGCCUGUGACAGUUUGGUGGUGGUUGCUCCGAAAACCGAAUUGGGAUCAUUACGUGGCAAUCGGCGCCGAGAAAUGGGUGUGGGCAAGGCGAAUCAAGGCUGUUAAGAACAUUUUGAAAUGCACGGCGGUCUUAACGCUAUCGUGGUUAUACGUGAGUGGUUCUGCUCAACGGAUUUUACACGACAUGGCGGCAAGCGAUUACCUGUGCCUUGUGACUUCUUGAGUAAAUUUACCCUCCGUCUUUGAGGUGCCAUAGAUCUACGAGAGUCGAGACAAAUCAUAAUUUAUCAUCAAUUGUUAUGAAUUACCUUUACUCGCCUCAUCCAGCUGCCAAGUUUGAAGGACCCCACAUUCGUAUUAAAUAAGCUAUGUCACAUUCUGAAAACUACCAAGUUCAAGACAGACCCGUAAUCGAUUAUACAAGUUUACGUGCAAAACUAUCAACACGGCGGUCGCUAAUAAUCUAUAAUAACCACAACACUCUCCACGAUGUCAUCUUCAGGCGUUCAGUAGUUUUGUUUGCGACUAGGAACGACUGUAUCCACUGAACAAUCCAGUCAAUACAGAGAUCGAAU